AUGGGCGAAAGACAUGCUGCCUACCAGGACAGGGGUGUAAUACCAUCCAGAAACGAGACAGAACAAUAUUCUCUUAGCCGGAGCACCGUGUCCGCUUCUGCAUCUACUCGUACCCAUCUUCGCCGCAAUCUGUUUCAGAGCCACCUGACACGCAGGCCAACGACAGGCGCAUCCGGCAUGCUGCCCUCUACCGCAGCAUCUUCCAACAUCUACCCGAACAUGGACGGAGGUGUCGUUCCAGAUCUCGGCCCGCAAUUAUCUGAAAAAAACGAUAUCAAUGAGAUCAUUGCGCGUGACGUCAAUGGCGAUGUUCAAAUAACUGACCCGCCGUCGCCGACACCGGACGAGAUAAAAGACCCAGGCUUUGACGAGCGUCAGGAGAAUGAACGAGAAAACCAGCGCCUAGCUGAUACCAUUAAGUACCACCAGCAACGGACGAGCAGUACCGGACAACCCGAAGAGCUGUUGGAUGCCAUACGGGCAAGUUUGAGAGCCAAGGUUACUGCGCUACUCGAGGACAACUGGAUAUACGAAGCCAAAGACAUGCAACGUCCAGAGUGA